AUGAAGUUCACCCUAGGAAGCCUGUCCCUCUGGCUUCUAUGCCUCGUCCAAUGGACAUCUGCGGCUACAGUGUUCUUUCCAGUCACCUUGACAUGGGGGAACCUAACUGUCGCAGGAGUAUCUAGGCCAGUGAUUUCGACGAAUGGCCAGUUUCCUGGUCCCCCGCUGCGGAUCAACCAAGGUGACAGUGUUGAGUUCCUCGUUGAUAACCGGUGUCCGUUCAAUACCACUAUCCACUUCCAUGGAAUUGAACAGCUGGGAACUCCUUGGUCUGAUGGAGUCCCGGGUGUCUCGCAGAGAUCCAUCAGACCAAACACUUCAUUCCUGUAUAGAUGGACAGCAACCGAGUACGGGGCAUACUGGUAUCAUGCGCAUCACCGUGGCUCUCUCGAGGAUGGUCUUUACGGACCAAUCUAUAUCACUCCUGCCCCCUCGGUGGAAAAGCCUUUCAGUCUUAUCACAACCAAUCCUGCUCAGUUGCAGGCUAUGAUCAACGCAGAGAGCGUGACCUCACCCGUCUUGCUUUCGGAGUGGCGUGUCCUCACAUCGGAAGAGAUCUGGGCUGCCCAGUUGGCCUCUGGUACAGACUCAUUCUGUGCCAAUGCUUUGCUUAUCAACGGCAAAGGGUCCAUCACCUGUCUGCCGCGUGCUGAGAUUGAUGCCCUGACAACAGACGUUCAGAAAACGAGCCUGGGUGAUGAUCUAAGAUUAACAGAUAUGGCAUGCUUCCCUCCCAACAUCACUGAAACAGUAUUCAAUUUCGCGCACAACUACGCUGCCAUCCCCCAACCAUGUUCGAAGGUUGCCUGGGAUCUCACCAGCACGGCCGGUUUACUAGAACUCACCUUCUCAAUCGACGAACAUGACAUGUGGGUCUACGCCAUCGACGGACGAUACAUCGAGCCCCAAAGAGUCAACGCAGUCACCAUCCCGAACUCAAAUCGCUACUCAGUGUUAAUCCCCCUCACCCAACCAGCAGGCGACUACACCGUACGCAUGGUCAGCGCCAGCAUAAACCAGAUCCUCAACACGACCGCCAUAAUGCGAUACCAAGGCCUACCCCAGAGAACCCGACCAUCCAACCCGUGGAUCCAAAUCAACAACGCAGCCGUCUCAGAAAACACCGUCUUCCUCAACGAGUCCAGUGUCAUCCCAUUCCCGGCACUGACCCCUUCAAACGAUAUAGCACAAACCUUCUUCCUGCACAUCAACCAAGUUGGAACCGCCUACCGCUGGAGACUCGGUAACACCAGCUUCGGCCUCGAGUUCGAGGAAGCACAGCCCCUGCUCUUCAACCAGAACUCCAUUCCCAGUGACUUGGUCAUCAGAACGAAGAAUAAUACCUGGAUCGACUUUAUUCUCCUAUCGGAUACUAUCUUGCAACCCCCGCAUCCGAUCCACAAGCACUCAAAUAAACAUUUCCUCAUCGGUCAGGGUAAUGGUACUUUCAAUUGGAAUUCGGUGGCGGAAGCCGUACAGGCUGUUCCUGGAAACUUUAAUCUGCAGACGCCGCAGUACCGUGAUACCUUCCAUACGCUUCCGGCUAUCACUGGUCUGACUUGGACGGCUAUUCGAUAUCAUGUUGUUAAUCCCGGGGCGUUCUUGAUGCAUUGUCAUAUUCAGGUUCAUCAGAGUGGUGGGAUGGUUUUGGCGAUGUUGGAUGGGGUUGAUGUUUGGCCUACUGUGCCUCCGGCGUAUGCGAUUGCUGCUGGGUUUUAG